AUUUACACUAUUAUAUGGAUUUUCUCUGUAAGGAAUGUUUGGAUUACAUGGCUAGUCCAGUGAAAAGAUUGCACUGUAACCGUUUCUCAAUGGAAGUAGGAAUUCCACUACGUCCAGUUGUUCCGUUAAACCCAAUACGGCGCUGUUUUACUCCUUGCCGGCGGUCAACAAGGGCUUCUCUCAAUCCGCAGAAAGGAGGGUAUCAAGGGCCGAAGCCCAAGAGAGAAUGGGUAGCGGAUUGGGUGUCCAAAAACGACGACGUUGUGCGGAGCUUGCCCAUAUACAUCGGCGGCGUAUCUCUCUUGGCCGUGCUCUUCAACCGAACUCUCUCAGGCAUUGCUCCUGUUGCUGACGCCAGCAGUUCACAGUCGAGAGCCGAUCUAUUGACCCUUGGGUUGGCCGUUACCAAUAUUUUGAAUGGUCUCGUGUGGCUCUCCAUUAAGCCAAAGUCAAUUUCUGUGGUUAAUCCCAAUGGCUUGCAAUGUCAAAGAGUAUAUGACGACCUUCCUGAUUCUGUGAUUUCUGAGUUACUAUGGGCAUGGGAGUCUCUUUCGAAUGCCACAUGCUGCAGGUCUCUUGUUAUCGUUUACGAUGGCAUUUGCAUUUUGCAAAUUGGGUAUGCUGAUGUGUCUGACUCAAGGGGAGGCGAUCCUGUGGCUGUAGACGCUGGCAAGUUGAUGAGAGGAUCUCUUUAUAAUGGUGUCGUAAAAUCUGGAUCACAAAGUUACUUGGCCAACGUCUCACUCUAUCCUGCCAAGUCUGAGCUUCUAUUUCUACCUUCAAAUACACAGGCAGUUAUAUUGCAACCUCUCGGGAAUAAAGGAAUCGCAAUAUUAGGUGGGGACACAAUAAGAGGAUUCUCUACUUCUGACCAGGCUUGGAUCACAUUGAUUGGGGAGAAGUUAGACACUACACUUGCUAAAGUUCCCUAUCCUUCACUACCGAACGAGACCGAAGAAGAUUUCUUGCCGGUGGUCGGAGACGACGGGAAGGAGGAAAACGAAUUGGACGGGAUGGGUAGCUAUAGCCCGCUUGAACUGGUGUGCAAAUGGUGUACAGAGGCAGAUUUGAUUCUGCCUCUUUUUGGCAAUAAGAAAGACGUUUACUCAUUGUUUACCUUAAGCGCGGAUGGGUUGAGUAUUGAGUUCGGUACAUCUUGUACUACAAUAGAGUGUGAGAGCAGGUUUCAGCAAUUUAGGGGAAGGCAUAGGGUGAUGAGGGAGAUGAUUACAAACUAUGGUAUCAACUAUUAUUGUGAGAGUGGUCUCAUGUGGGGACCAAAAGAAGCAUGGAAAAGGGAUGAACCUAUGAGUCUAGCCUACAAAACUAUGGGAGACCCGCAAUGGGCGAAAUUGCAGAUAAUUUUUGGUGAGGUAGACAAGGAAACAGUCCACCCGGAUGUGCAAAGUGCUUCCAAUCGCAUUAUGAAUGUUGAGCCAGAUGUUGAUAGCGACAUUCCCAUCCUUUUCUUCAGCAACUCCCCUCGUCUAAAACCUAGCAAAGAGACCGAAACCGCAGGAAAGGAAGUCGGUAAGUACGUGGUAGCUCGGUAA